AUGUUUAAUGCUGCCCUGCUAACUGGGAUCCGAUAUGACGAUGACGAUGCUGCUGCUGCUGCUGCUGCUGCUGAUGAUGAUGAUGAUGAUGAUGAUGAUGAUGAUGAUGAUGAUGAUGAUGAUGAUGAUGAUGAUGAUGAUGAUGAUGAUGAUGAUGAUGAUGAUGAUGAUGAUGAUGAUGAUGAUGAUGAUGAUGAUGAUGAUGAUGAUGAUGAUAGUUCGACCGUCGGCGCCGACAAUGUCCAACGUUUGUUCCACAGCAGGGUGGGUGCAGGAACGAUGACUUUCGCAGGAAUUAGUUUAUACUGAUGUAGACUUGUUCAGCGCCUACAGCUCUCUCUCCCCUCUCCUCUGACCUACACCCGAUGUCAUGGCAGAGAGAUUAGAAGACCAAAAGUAGGAGAGGGUGGAGGUGGCUGACGCAGCGGCAACCCGCAUCUAAGCGUGUCCCCACGCCGAUUCGGAUGCAAUUGAUCGAGAGUGACAAAAGGCCACAGUAAGAAGGCACCAUCGUAGUCUGACCCUCAACUCACUAAUCAACGACUCUAUACAGACACACGGAGCUAACUGUGAAGUCUGAGUUGGAUCAGCAGUUGGCAACCUUCCAAGCACACUGUUAUAGGCUCAAGCGUGUCAUAGUGAGGAAGACGCGCUGAGAGUCGAACUCACUCUCUCUCUGCCAUUCUCACUGCGUCAGGUUAACCACCUGAUGCUGGGAUUGAGAGAGGUGGCUGACAGAGCCGAAAACAGCCCGUCUGCGCGUGCCACGCACACGAUUUGGUCAACUCAUAGCGACAGGAUUCCACACAAAGGGGGUAGACUGCUCGGAGCUCACAUGUACAGUGCGUGACUGAUCUAAUUAAAUGUUGGCCGAAAUUCUGAAAUUCGUUUUUAAUUAGAAAGGAUUACUUGGGAGGAGUUGUAAUAUUGAUGAACAGAAUAGCAUUACCGACAAACACACGGGAGACUGGAAUGACAAUUUCUGGUGGGGUUGUAAUAUUGAUUAGCAUAAUGGCAUUACCGACAAAGACAAGGGAGACUGAAGUGGUCAUUUCUGGCUUAUUAGCCGUCUUCAGCCAGUCAUUCCCAACCCCGAAGUGUGGAACACCUGGAGCUCGAACUGUCGACCUGUUAGUUAGAAGUCCACGCCUCUAACCGCUGGGCCACGAGCCCAGUGGCGUUGACUUCCAUCGAUUAGCAUGCGGCAUAAUCCUAUAACAUUUCGGACUCCCCAGGAUGUCGGCUUUUGGAUUCACUCCUUCUUGACCUCCUGCAGAAACCGUACCCGGUAAAAAGGUGGCUAUUUUCGUAGCAUGUACUUUCCGCAUUGAUUUUCGAUGGUCCUAUAAAUUCAAAUGUAUCUUGCAGAAAUCGUGCACGAAAAUAAGCUUUCUUUUAAUCAUUUGGUAGAAAACGACAUUGUCUUAGCACUUUAUGAACGAAGAAAGUGUAUAUUUAGGUUUUAAAAAGAAUCCCAAUUCCCGAAUAUUUUUGAGACUGAGCUGACAUUGCAUUAGUGUUCAGCGAUUUCAGUCUACAAGGUGCAUGCUUUCGACGUAGGGAAAAUCAUAUAUUCCUCUACGCCUUUAAGAAGAUACGACAAAAGUUCACAAUGAAUCCGAACUGUGUUGUACAUUUAAUGAGGAGCAGUGGUAAACGGACAUGUGCGGUCCUGUAUGCAUGGACAUCGCAUGGUCUUAAAAAUCUCAUAAUUAGAAACCUUUUUAAAACCUAAAUGUACACUUCAUUCGUGCAUAAAGUGCAAAGACAAUGUUAUUUUCUACCAAAUGAGUAAAAGAAAGCUUAUUUUCGUGCACGAUUUCUAUAAAAUAUAUUUGAAUUUACAAGACCAUCGAAAAUCAAUACGAAAGUAGUCACUUUUUUUACCGGGUACGGUUUCUGCAGGAGGUCAAGGAGUGAAUCCAAAAGCCGACAUUCUGGCGAGUCCGGAAAGCUAUAGGAUUAUGCCGCAUGCUAAUCAAUAUUACAACAGCUUUAGUACAGCCAACGCUCUAACCACUUGAGCUACGAGGCCCCGCCGGACGACGCGAGUUUGAUCACAUGUGGGUCAAGUUACCCGCCCAACCUACUGCAACGUCUGGAAUCCACCACAGUUGGGUCAUUAUGAAUUAUUCAAAAUCUGCCAAAACAUCUAUGAAUUACGUAAGCUUGGUAGUCAUCGGAUGGAUUCUAGGUGAAUUACUUAGGAAAUCCUGCUUGGGCAGUCAACUUACUGUAUCAGAUUUGGUGGAUUCCAGACGUUGCAGUAGGUUGGGUGGGUAGCUUGACCCAAGUGUGAUUAAACUCGCGUCGUCCAGCGGGGCCUCGUAGCUCACGUGGUUAGAGCGUUGGCUAUACAAAAGUCAUCCCCUUACUGCGUGGUUUCGAAUCCCACCUAGGCGCCGAGUUUUUCACAGUUAGGCCACUAUGAGUAUAUGUAUUUGCAUAUAUUGAUGUCGGGGAUCUGGUUUUUAUUUAUCAGUGUUAAUACCGACCUGUAAAGAAGGGUAAUGGUGCAAAAGGUCUUUGCAGCGAAGCUCAGGGCGAGGCCGCAUCGUCCCGUCUACUGUACUCAGAAGCGGCUCCUCAAUCGCCUCCUUGACCCUCUCGAUACCCGGGUCUCAGUUUCACUGAAUGAGACAAGGGCCGCUUAAUUCGGCAGGCUCGACAACUCGUUAGACCUCACAAACGUCCCCUUAGCACUACAGAAGUAGCUUGUGGGGAGUGGUGGUGCACUGACUCAACGCAUCACGAAUGUUCGCCGGGUUCAUUACGGCCGUUCGGCGUCAGACCUCCGAGCUAAUUUGGGUUGGCUGCCGCGUCCACCCUGCAUGCCGGGUCUACCUGCUUGCUAAGUUGGGGACCCCCCACGCCGUCGCCAGACAGCGCCGAGUAGGGCGAGAGGACAUCCCAGGUCGACGAGUGGGGAGGGGGGGGGGUGAGGUUGAAAAAGCCGAUUGUGUCCGUGAUCUAGGACAGACACUGUAGUCUGCACUGUGGAGCCUAGUCUUACAGGGAAAUUGUUUGUUCAGAACAAACACUUACCGGUGCACGAGAUCCUGUCCAGUAAAACAGGGAGAUAAUGCUGCACACUCGCAUCAGCUUCUCUAAAGCCCCGACUAAUUAGGGAACGGGUUUAAAAUGAAUACAGUUGUAGCACGUGCAGGCACGAAAUGAGACGCAACGUCCUGUUUCAAACGUUUUCUUUUCGAAUACUUUGUCCUAGAGUGGUAGGGGUCGUGGUCAUGCAAACACUAACGGACACAAUUUACCAUUGGGCAGCCACGAUCCUCAGCGGCAGAUAAGCUAAACAAUAUACGAACUCUGAAUAAGUCGCAAUUGUUUUUGGCUGCGGAAUAUGAAAACGGAUACAGCCGGGAAGAAAAUUCUCAGAAAGCUGUGCCAUUUCCACACUACCUCCGUUGGUAUUAGUUGGUGGAAAGUCUCAGACAGUCGAUUGGUGCAUGGAAGAGGGAAGGAAGCUAGACUGAUAACGCUGAAUUCAUUCCUAAUGCAUGUUAGUGCAUUCGUCACAGUAGCAAAUCUGAUGCGUUUGAAUCUACCGCGACGCACUAUGAGUCGUGGCUAGGAAGGUUUCCAGUCAACGAUCGGGUGAAGGACCCCAAACAUACACGACCAGCCAAAAUUGCCUGUCUUAAGGGAAAGAUGGUAAUCGGGGUUUUACAGGCGGGAAUUAUGUGCGGAAUGGCAAAAUAAGUAUAGAUAAUUGGUAAAUUCGUUUUUCGGGCGGAAAGGUUUUGAUGCAGCGACAUAAAGCAACCGAAAUUAGGCUGGACAAUUAGAGAAAUAAACUUUAAGUGUUUAAAACGAUCGUUUCUCAACUCUCUGAGCUGAGGUCGUUGUAGAUAAUGCACCAGACCGUCUACAACAGACGACCCAAACUUGUACGAUGAAACACCAAACCGAAAUAAUUGUGUCGGAGUAAAACCCACCUAAAUACGUAUAGUAUGUCACAGAUGCUUGGGGGCCUUCACCGAUCCUUACGGGUUUCCAAAUGACGAGAGAACUUGGUUCUUACGGGAGUAUUUUGGAGUGACUGGAUGACUGACAUUUAGACUGCGGCAUCUUCCUCUCAUUGUGACCUUUAUUGGUACCUCCUCUCAUGUACCAUCCGGGUAGACCUCACAGAAUUCUGGUGCGUGAUGUGGGGACAAAGUCGUGUGUGGCACGCGUAGACAGGCUGUUGGACUUUAUCAUCCAUUACGCCUGCGCCCACCUCCGGUCGUCUUGACAAUGUCUCGUCACCGGACCCUGGCAGGUGAGGCAGGAGGGAGUGCAGCAGCAGCUACGCAAGUCACCGGUGCUAUGCCCACCCCAUGCAAUACGCUUUGCUUGCGACCACCGAACUGCCACUCAUUUAGUUCCUUCAGCAUCAAGAAGAACCGAAAGUAGGGACUAUAUGGAUUCGUCCGCAUAGGAUCUCCGAAGGCUCACCUACCUCGCUCAUGUGCUGACAUCAUACCGUAAGCAGAGUGGCAUUACCGACAAAGACAAGGGAGACUGGAACGGCCAUUUCUGGCUUAUUAGCCGUCGUCAGCCAGUCAUACCUAACCCCGAAGUGUGGAACACCCGAGGCUCGAACUCGCGACCUGUUAGUUAGAAGUCCAACGUCUCUGGCCACUGCCUAUGUAUCAUGCACCGAUGUGCGGCUGCCGGUUGGGCUCGAGAGAGAGGGCCCGUAAGGCACAACAGAACGAGUGAGUUCCGUAAGAUCGAUCGGUGAGCGCCCCCUACCAAUGUCAUACCGUAAGUUGUAUACUUUUAUUUCCUCAGUAGUAUCGCCGAGUGUUCGCCUCCGUGUAGAUGCGAUAAUUUCCUAAACAGUGUCUUUAAGUGCGCUAGUAGGCACACAUAACGCAGAUGGAAAAAUUUGGCACAUGAAGCAGCAUGGCGUCUGCUUUGUGUGAUGACUGACUCCCUCGUGCAGAACGCAUGCUGCCUGUACACGACCUACACUCACAAACAAAAGCUAAAAAUCAUUCUGCCCCUCAACGUCAGUGAGUGCUGUUAUGCUGGCAAACCAGUCCACUCGAGGUUCGGUCUUGACAAAAGACUUUUUUACAGUAGAACAAUCGUUAAACCAUCCGUGCCGGCGACUUCCUCGAAGUCAGUCAAAACAGGUGUCGAGCAUUAAAACCGCGAUAGAAAAUGUGUUCCGCCAUCGUCGUCUAAUAUCAUUAAAACACAAAAUCCCCCAGAGAGCGAUAAAUCAACAAAAAAUACGAACGAUAUCGCCAGAGCGCAAUGUCUGGUUAUUCCUGAAUCAAACGCCAACACACCUAAACAGCGGGUUUGGAAGAUGUAAGUCUCUUCCAAGGCCUGCUCUAUAUUAUCUUGGAACCCACUGAGGCAAUUAAAGUGCUCAAAGUAUCCCGUCUUGGAAAACGGGCAAACAAUCAGCCAGCGCCAAAACACGCCCCAGGUUGUGCUGGGCUGUAAGGAACAAGCCGGAUUGAUCCUUUUUUGACGCUUGAGAAUAAAAGGUACCAAACCCGACGUCUUUUCAACCGGAUUACUCGCCAGCAGAGAGGCUGAAACGUUGUCUUCUAGUUCUAGAGUUGAGGAAGAGACUCAACGAAGGGGGACGGAAUUUGGUUAUCUACAACAACCAAGCAAGACAGAGCCCAACAUUCUUUCUUUGGACGGGCCCAAUCUGGAUGACCGCGCAGCUGACAUAGUAGGCGAAAGUCCUAGACGCAUCGAGACCACUUCUCCGACGGCCAUAAACCGCAAACUGAAAUUCCUACAGUGCGUUACCUACCUCAUGAAAUAUUGGCUGAAAUUCUGAAAUGCGUUUUCGAUUAGGAAGGAUUACUUGGUCGCGGUUGUGAUACUGAUUAUCCUAAGGCAUACUCUUAUAACAUUUUAGACUCGUCAGGAUGUCGGCUUUUAAAUGCACUUCUUUUCGAUCUCCUUUAGAAAGCGUGCUCGGUAAAAAAUGACUACUUAUGUGGCAUGAAUUUUUCCCAUUGAUUUUCGAUGGUCUUGGAAAUUCAAAUAUAUUUUAUAGAAACCAUAAACAAAAGCUGCUUUCUUCUAAUCAAUCAAUAGAGAAUCACAUUUUCUUUAUAUUUUAUACUUAAGGAAGGAAUAUAAUUAGGUUUUAAAAAAGUUUCUAAUUAUGAGACUUUUUAAGACCACGAUGUGUCCAUUCACAUAGCAUCGUACCUGGCCGUUUACCACUGCUCCUCAUGAAAUGUACAACAUGGUCCGCAUCCAUUGCAAAAUUUUAUGGACUUUGUAUGAUAUCUCUUUAAUGACAUAGAAAAAUAUGGAAUUUUCUUUAUGCGGAACGCAUGCACCUUGUAGACUGAAAUCACUAAGCGCUAAUGCGACGAAUGAUCAGGCUCCAAAUUUUUCGGCAAUUAGAAAACUUUUUUAAAACCUAAUUAUACUCCUUCCUUAAGUAUAAAAUAUAAAGAAGAUGUGAUUCUCUUUUGAUUGACUAAAAGAAAAAAUAUUUUUGUUUGUGGUUUCUAUAAAAUAUAUUUGAAUUUCCACGACCAUCGAAAAUCAAUGGGAAAAAUGCAUGCUACUUAAGUAGUCAUCUUUUACCGAGCACGCUUUCUACAGGAGAUUGAAAAGAAGUGCAUUUAAAAGCCGACAUCCUGCCGAGUCCAAAAUGUUAUAAGAGUAUGCCUUAAGAUAAUCAGUAUCACAACCGCGACCAAGUAAUCCUUCCUAAUCGAAAACACAUUUCAGAAUUUCAGCCGACAUUUCAUGAGAUAGGUCACGCACUGUAUAUACAAAUGUGCACUAGCCUCUUACAGAAAGUCGACGAACUAAAGAUCCAUUUAUCUGAUCUAUCCCCAUACGCAAUCUCACUUACAGAAACUUGGUUGAGUCAACAGGUGGAAAACCGUGAGUUAACUAUACCAGAAUACCAGCUGUUUAAAAGAGACAGGCCAGGACGUCAGGGCGAAGGCGUACUCACGUAUGUAAAAACGAAACACUAGAAACUGAUGGGCGAUCAAACAGCAAUUCCGCUUUCACUCAUCUCCCCCCCCCCCCUUCGUGGGGUAGUCGGAGUAGUGAGCCGUUCCAGUUAUGCUUACAGUCUGGGGUUUGAAAAGAUAAUACAGAUCUGACUGUCGGGACGAAACCUCGCCGAUGUUACGCCGAGCCAGGAAUUUCUAUCUAACGUCUCAUUACACUAACCAAGGCUCCGGUUGUGGUCCUGAACAUACUCGCAGCUGGGGGGGGGGGGGGGAAGAGUGAAACAGAUCUCGACAGUCCCCAGACCGUGAACGUCCCCAUUGCCGUAAUUCCGUUCCCGAACGACAAGUCUUUAAGGUGUACAUGCAUGAGGCUGUUGUUCGACAGACAAUCUGGUACUACUAUGGUUAGCUUGAUAGACUCGAUGACAGAAAAGUGGCCAGGGAGGCAUCUGAAACGGGUACUCACAUGACGCUUCCGUAGGGCUGAAGCCUCGCUAGUUGAAACUUUGACGUAACACAAGUCCUUCCUGGUCUGGUUUAAAACGGCGAGCUAAUAGCCCAGAAGCAACUGUCGGUCGAAGUUCCGGGUCAUGUACGCCAAUGAUGAUGAUGACUUUCGGCCGAUAAACACCCUCCCCGCAGUUUCGAAGAUAUUAGAGACAUUGAUCAAAGAUAAAAUGAUGCGUCACUUAACAGCGAAUAACUUACUGAGUGCAGCUCAGCAUGGAUUCCUCAAAGCUCGAUCUUGUGACACCUGUCAGCUCUCUUUCUUUGACUAUGUUCUCCAAUCUAGGGACAAUGGUUUUGCACUUUACACUGUAUAUUUCGAUUUCACUAAGGCUUUUGAUCGUGUUGACCAUGCUCAUCUUCUCUUGAAACUGUCCUCUUUCGGAAUAGGUGGCAAACUUUUGAAUUUUAUAUCCUCUUACCUGGGCACUCGUACACAACGAGUUAAGAUUUCCAAUACUAUCUCCAACCCCACACGUGUGAGGAGUGGAGUCAUUCAGGGAAGUGUACUCGGCCACUUCUAUUUUGCUUUUUCGUUAAUGAUGUACCCGAUUUAUUUCAGAAUGGUAAGCCUUUCAUGUAUGCCAAUGAUCUUAAAGUUGCAUAUCUAUAUAAGCCGGCAGAUCGUGACAUCGUGCUUGAGCUCCUAAAGAGCGAUCUACAGGCUUUCGCCCAGUGGUGCCGCACAUGGCGCCUUUCUCUUUCUUGGCAUAAGUGCUCAGUCAUGGUGGUUCGCGACGACCACCAACCUCAACUAAAUAUUGAAGGUCACUCCAUAAAUGUGCCCAGGGUUAUAAAGGAUCUGGGCAUAUCAUACUCCAAGAGUCUCAAUCUUUCGGAGCACUGUGCCUUGAUAGUCUCCAAAGCACGCAGAACGACCGGGUUUAUCCUCCGAAACUUUAAAACUAGGGAUAUCAGAAUGCGCCUUUACAACAUGUACGUUAGACCUGGUCUGGAAUACUGUUCGUUUUUAUUUAGCCUCGUGCGUGCUACUGAGCGGAAGAAAAUAGAAUCCGUUCAACACUUUUUUUACCAAGAGAAUUUUAGCCGCGGAACACCGACAUGUGUCUUACCAAGAACGUUGCCGGCUUACGGGCCUCGAUCCUUUAUGGUUCCGUAGAUUACAAAAGGGACUAUUUUUUGCUAUUUAAACUCUUAUAUAAUCACACAUUUAACCCACUCACUUCUUUAAGACAUCAUAUCCAUCCACGACGUAACAGUCACUGCGAGGUCUUCUUAUUUCUGCCUCUGGCACGUACUGUUAAAUAUCGUCGGUUCUAUUCUGUAAAUGCAAUUGCUAUUUGGAAUAAACUACCAAUGAGUGUGAAAACUCUGCAAAAUUAUCCUUUAUUUAAGAGAACUAUUACUCGAUUUUUGCAUUCAGAAAAGCUUCCUCAAAUUUUGGGUUCUGAAUCCACUGAUCGACUCUACCGUAGCAAUGGCGUUUGUGGUCUCUGAACACUAUGGCCGGUCUCACCAGCUGUUCCUCAACGCCUCUACUUUGACUAUCCCCAACUUCAUGAAAGGGAUUGACGUCCGAUGA